UCCGUGCGUGUUUACUGGAGACGACAUUAAAAUGUGAUCGGCUAUGCACAUACCAUUGUCGAUCUAAACAAAAUCCAUUUCAAUAACGCUAAUCUGUCACGGGCGGUUGAAUAUUUGUCAAUAGCAGACGGUGUAAAAGGCUAAUACUAUAUCGAAAUACCGUGUACGAGCAUUAUGGUACAGACAGUUUACACUGUGCACGAAGACAGUAGGUGAAAGUUGGUUAAAAGUUUAACAUUAAUGUCGAAACAGGAAUUAAAUGUCGCGGAGCUUGCAUUAAUUUUAACAAAGUGUUUUCUAAGUGGUAAUUGUCAUACGGUCAUUGAAAAAUACGAAGACAAGUGUGUGUCUAUUAAAUACAACUUUUAUAAUUAAGUACAGCUUGUUUUAUUGUUUUCUUCCACGUAUUGAAAUCCAGAACGCCAAAUGGAAUGCGAGUCAUCUACACGCUGCAAUUUAAUAUCAGUGAAAUAUAUAGACAUGUUUUCUGACAGAAUUUAAAACGAGCCGUCUGCAGGACUUGUAUUAACGCUGUGAAAACUGACGUCAAAAUGAGAUUCCAUUUGAAGAAAACCAUAACAUGGACGCUGACAGUUUUCUGUUUUGUGUUUUUAACAUUGAACAUUUACAAUCAGGGAAUUCUGUCCCCGCGGAUUAAAACGGCACUUUUAUGGGGGAAAAGCGUCGAUAUGGGUACCGAAAAAUUAUCGCGUGGCAACAUUGGAUAUAACUUCACCACCGCCGCUGCCGUCACCGUGAUAAAAACGGGUUUCAACGCCACCCUUGCCGCAAAGAAGCUGAAAAAUUCUCAGUAUUCGUUGAGCUCAGACAUCAAAGAGUACCCGAGCAUGUUGAACAAGCAGGUUGUGUGGCCAGAUAAGGAUUUCUACGAAAACGACAGGAUCGUCAAUCAGCUCCAGCACAUCCCGGACUGGGUAGCAAAAGCGGGGGAGAGGAAGGAGGAAAUUCCCUUGAAGAAGAUUCUUCUGUUUAAUGGCCUGUCAAACUGGGAUCUCAAACGCGGCAGACAAACGUUUAUAGACCAGAAAUGCACGGUAAACACGUGCGAAGUAACUGACAAUCGCGAGGCAUUGAAGGACGCAGACGCGGUGCUGUUUCACCACUCGCCGCAGGCAAUGCGGUCAAACCGGUCCCCGAACCAGGUGUGGAUUCUGUUCAUGUUGGAAUCUCCCUACCAUACACCGGGACUGUUCUCAUAUGCAAAUCAAUUCAACUGGACUGCUACCUACCGGCACGAUUCGGAUAUCGUAGCGCCGUACGAGAAAUUCGUCCCUUUCAGCGAAAGCGUCCGAACUCUUCCCCAGAAUAAAAGUUACGCGACGGGAAAAACAAAAAAGGUGGCGUGGUUUGUUUCGAACUGUGGCGCUAGAAAUACGCGUUUGGAAUAUGCAAAAGAGUUGGGAAAAUACAUCAAUGUAGAUAUUUAUGGCGCUUGUGGACCAUUUAAGUGCUCAAGACGGGACUCCCAAUGCUACGAUAUGCUCAACUCGGAUUACAAAUUUUAUUUGUCGUUUGAGAAUUCCAACUGCAGGGAUUACAUAACGGAGAAAUUCUUCGUCACCGGGUUGCAACAUGACGUUAUCCCGAUCGUAAUGGGCGGAGCUCCAGAGGACUAUGCGCGCGCAUCACCGCCUCAUUCCUUCAUCCACGUGGACGACUUCCAGUCACCGGAAGAGCUUGCGAAGUAUCUGCGCACGCUCGACGAAAACGAUGAUCUCUAUAACGAGUACUUCCAGUGGAAAGGGACCGGAAGAUUCAUUAACACGUACUUUUGGUGUCGCAUCUGCGGGAUGCUGCACGAUACGUCACGGGCACCAAACGUAUACCGUGAUCUUGAGAAGUGGUGGCGUGGACCGGGUGUGUGUAUAGGAAAAGACUCAUGGCGGCAACAUCAGAGGACUUCAAAGUUCAUCGUAGAUGAUUAUCUACUCUAGUUUAUUUUGCUUCAAUGUGGGCACGUACUGCAUUUUACAAGUUCAAGUAUACAUGUUUAACCGUGUAAACAAAAGUCAAGUAUCUUAACUAAUCGAAAUACUUACCUAGUAUUUUAUGAGAUUUAAGCCGCAUACUCUGUGUGAAUAUUUGAGUCGUUCUUUAGGAACACGGGUUAUACUGCAUCAUUUGCAUGAUGUGUUGUCCGCACAGACUAAUCAGGACCGAUGCUUUCCGCUUUUAUCGAAUGGUUAGUUUGAAGGAAGUCGGUUUCUAAACAAAAUCUAGUUUAGACGGAAACAUUGUCCCUUAUAAGCCCGUACGGACCACAUUAGCUAAACUUGAACGACACUUAACGCACGUGCAUUAAGUCCAGUUUUGCCAUAAUGCAGCUCAUUUAUUGGUACGCUCGGGGAUAUUUCUUAAAGGGACCGUCAACCGCGAUUGACGAAAAAAAAAAGUUCUAAAAUACCGCAUUUUUUUACAAUUAUUAGUUUAAAUUGAUUAAAAUAUCACGGCUGUUAUAUUACAUUACUGGAAAAAAAAUCAUAUUUUCAGUAUAUUCGGUAAUAACAUUUCGCGAUGUGAAUCGAAAGUACAUCGCGAAAAUAUGUGACAUAACGACAUACACACACUUUAAAUAACGCAAUUAGAUUGAUCAUUAUAUAUAAAAAAUAUAUACAAUUCACUACGCAUGCACAAUUUGCAUUCCUGGGUUUACCACGUGACGAUGAUGAUCAAUCUACUUGCGGUAUUUAUAGUUAACUGGUGGUACCUGUACCCAGUAAAAUGUAUUACCGAAUAUACUGAAAAUAUGAAAACUUAACAACUUUUAUCAACUUAUGUUAUAUACCAGUCGUGAUAUUUUAAUCACUAUAAACUUAUAAUUUAAAAAAAUACGGUAUUUUAGAACUUUUAAUUUUUCGUCAAUCGCUGUUGACGGUCCCUUGAAGUACUGUGUGUGAAAUAGUCAAAUGUGCUGUGAGGUGUGCCGCAGUACGCUUCGAUAUAAAUCGCGUACACUGUGAUAUGCUCCUUUUAGUUAUGGAUACAACGCGUGUCUUUAUAGGGAGUGUUCUGUACAGUAAAGGAUAGAUGGAAAAUUGCUAUUUAAUGAACAUGCAAUAUUAUCUUUUGUCUCAACACUUAUUUUGCUUGGUUAAGUCGAUUUUUACGACAAUCAGAAUGUGUGAUUAGCAUUUCUGUUUGCGUUUUGUUUAAUCGUGUUUGUGUGCCUAACAGUUAUAGUCACGUUUUAUUACAUAUGCCAAGCAGUUAAUUGGCAUAUUGUAAAGAUAGUGAUGUAUAAAAGAUCUACUUAAAAGACGGAAGGAUUUAACCAGCUGAAUUUUAAGAUCAAAUCUUAAAGUGGCCUUUUCACAGAUUUUGGCAUGCAUUGAGUUUGUCAUUAAAUGCUUUAUAUUGGUAAAUGUAAACAUUGGAUCUAAAAAAAUCCAGUAUUUUAUACUUUAUAUAAACAAUCCUCGUAGUGUCUCACAAAAUAUAUCGACAUCAACCGAACUCUAAAAUUAUUCGCGUUGCAACGCUUUAUAAGUAUCAGAAUUGUAAAUCGUCAAAAAAUGCACGUGACGGAUAUUUUAGAGCAUGGUAAAUGUUCAGUAUUACUAUUUCCUCACACAUAUCAUAACUACAACGAACAUUUUCGUUAACCACAAUCCACGUAUUUUGUUAUUAUAACAAGUAAGGUCAAUUUUGUUUAAUGUUUUGAUAACUAUGCCUAGUUUUACUUCACAAGGUGUCUUACGCCUUGACGAUGUAAAUGACACAUUGGCUGCCGUCUAUACAUCCUACAUCCUGUACUUAAAAAUACCGAUUGGUCGGACUCAUUAUCGAGUCUCUUAAGUUAAACUUGUGCAUGUGUUUAAAGUGUCGUCUCAGAUAUGCCUGUGCAAUCUUCACAGGCUAAUCAAGGACAAGUCUUUUUGCUUUCAUGGCAUUUUACUUUCUAAGAUAGUCUCUUCAAACGAAAAUCCCGUAUGGCCAGAAAGUGUCAUUCUUGGUUAGACUGUGCAGACUGCACAUGCUUAUCUGGGACGACACUUUCAGCACAUGCCAUUUUUCCCCGAAAAACGCUAAAUUGGUACUUGUUAUCAUUGUGAAUUCGUCCACAUAGUCUUAGCUCGCUAUGACCUUGACCUUAUCUUAACGUCAAUAUGGCUCUGGGUAGGUGCAACAGGAAGCUUUCUGCUACCGAACACUUUGAUACUUCGAUACCUUAGCAGUAAUUGCUGAUGAACAUUUCUAAUCAAUCUAUUUCAACCGACCUAGUUUUAACAUCUACCCUGUCGUAUUUAGGACGUAGACGAGGUCAAAAAGACUGUCUACCACCAGCUGGGGACGUUUAUCGAACGCUGCACCAUGUCGGUGUUAUGUUUUCUAUUUUAGUGACAUCUCUUUCAUUUUCACUGUUUAACCGUAUUGGAAAUCAUACCACAUGGCUCAGCAGGUACCUAAUGUAAAUAAACACGUAUUAUUGAUACCAAUCAUAGUUUUGCACACGGUGCGCAAAAAUCAAUACUGUCGUGAUAAUCAUAACUAAAAGAGUUCUGAUGAUGAUUCCUUAUAUUUUCAAUAUCAUAGUGUGUUUAAAAGACAAUUUAGAACGUUCAUAUUUAUUUUUGUCGUGAGACGGCGGUAUUUAUACAUCAUUAUCAUAAACGCACCAUUUAUAAACGGAAUGAUUGGUAUACACGUGUAGCAUAAACCUAACAGAAAUUGGCAACGCAAACAUGUCCCUGAAAUAAUGGUGUAGCCAUUGAUGAUCUCUUAUGGCUUUACCAUUUCUUAUCGGCGCAGAUGCAACGAUACGCUGCAAUUUGAUUGUAUUUCUGAGUUUAAGUACAAUUAAUAAAUUAUUUAUUAUGAAGUCGUGCAAUAAGUUGGUAUCUAUUUGAUGCUAUUCCAAACAAGCCUUGAAAUAAUAAAUUGGCAUUUAGUUUGUCAUGCUACUUUGGCAAUAUGCUCGUUAAUAUGACUUUUCGAAGUGGAGAUAACUUUAUUUUCUACCGGUGUAAGUAUGUUUAUGCCUCCGGUGGGGCGGCAUAUAGCAGUUGAACUGUCCUUCAGUCAGUCCGUCCGUCCGUCUGAAAACUUUCACAUUGCCCAUAACUUUUGCAAUAUUGAAGAUAGAAACUUUAUAUUUGGCAUGCAUGUGCAUCUCAUGGAGCUGCACAUUUUGAGUGUUGAAAGGUCAAGGUAAAUGUCAUCCUUCAAGGCCAAAGGUCAAAUAUAUGGCUUCAAGGAGGCGCAGUAGGGGCAUUAUGUUUCUGACAAACACAUCUCUUGAUCAUACUGCGAACAAAUAUUUGAUUGCACAUUAAAUAAUCCGCAUAUACUGUUUAACGUUUAUGGCGCAAAUAAUUUUAUUUGUACAAAAAAAUGCUUUAUGCCUAUACUGAUAUUUGUGCUGAUUCUUGCAUCAAGUUUACUGUGCAAAAUCUCUAAUCAUCAUUUUAUAUUGUUUACACUCAUCAACUUCCUGAUCUGUCCAAUAGUGCCUUACUGUAAUCAUUGUUUGAUUGCAAAAAUGUUUUGUUGCUUUUUGAUAUUAUUUUUUAAUACUAAUAUGCAUAUUAGAAUCGUUAAAUAAUGACUACGUGUUUUCCUUUUCAAUUUACUUUAACAUGAUUAUUGCAAUAUGUAUUUGUAUGUAUAUGCCAUUUCUAAAUCUAUGUUUGUUGAUUACACGGCGAGAUGGUAUUCGCUUUGUUUUCCUUGUUGUUGUUAAAUCCUGAUAGUUUGUACAUGUAUUUGUUAAAUACAUUUCGCACAAUAAUAUUUGUAUACACAGAUUAAUGCUUGUGCUAUCCUCUAUGUAUAGUUUGUGUUAUUGUUUACUGUUACAUUCCUGUUCGUUCUGGUGAUAUUAUAAUUGUUAUCUAUUUAAGGGACAUGGUCAUCGAAAAGGAUCUCAAAGAACCAAUUAAAAUAACAACAAAGGAAAUUCAUAUAUGAAUACAAGCAAUGAAAUAAGACAAUUAGUAAAACGUUUUUCCCCCUAAGAAUUCGUGCACAUCGAGUCAUAUAUAUCCUAUUUUGACAACACACUUGUGAGUAUUGUCCAUGACCAAGUUACUUUGUCAUUCCUGACUGUGCAGUUAUCACGGUCGGGUUCCUGAUAUUUAAUUACAUAUUGGACUUAAAUUCGAUCCCUGCUUGGUUUUUCAUCGCUACUUUAUUUUCUAUAAAAUAUGGAUUUUGGUGUUAUAGUUUUUUUUUAUAUAAAUAAUUUAUUUCAUGUACAUGUUUUUAUUAUGCUUACUGUCAUAGUAUUAAUAUCCAUAAAGUAUAGUCUAUAGUAAUAUAGUUAUAGGAACCCAACUUUCCACGACAUAAGCCCUAAAACAACAUAUUCUGAUCUAGCUCUGAUGGAAAUGGAUUGUAUAAUUGUGAACGUUAACAUAAAUCAAGCAAACAGCAAGUGCAUGUAAUAGGAAAGAUGUUACCUUUGAACAUUAAACUAUAUUUGUAAACAUUUAUAUUAUUGUAUUGUAAAUAGGGUAUGUUCGGUAGACAUAUACUACAAUCUGUUUUGAUUCUUUAUCAAAUAGUUGUUUUAUUUGUUGUUGUUUUUUGUAUGGACAUAUCAGUGAUUUAAAACGAGACAUGCUCUGACAAACCGUGAAAAACAACACUGAAACAUAUGAGCAAUGUUCCCAGAAAACUGGGCUUAAUGCAUGUGCGCAAUGUGUCAUUCCAGAUUAGCCUGUGCAGUCCGCCUAAACUUGAUUUCGGUUAGGAGGGACUUCCUUGAAACUAAAAAUACCAUAAAAGCGGAAAGUGUCGUCCCUGAUUAGCCUGUGCGGACUGCACAGGCUAAUCUGGGACGACACUUUACGCACAUGCAUAAAGCCCAGUUUUCUCAGAACACGACACAUAUAGUUAAUGUAUAACUUCAAAUUGUAAAAUUACUUCAUAACUAUACUAUUCCUUCCAUUUAACUCUUAACAUUUAUUGAUAUAGGUAGAUUAUCCGCUCGUGAUCAUGGAAAAUAAAUACAUUAUUUUCUCUGAUCGCCUUUUGAAUAUAUUCGAUAAUCUACCUUUAACCUACAAAUUACCUUGUCUAUAUAUCUUUAUUUAGUUGUUUUCUUUUUUAUGGUAAUGGCCUUGUUUGGUAGCUUUUGGUAGGGGAUUUUAUUUGAGAUUCGCUCUGAAAAAAAUCGGUCCUUAUUUAGAUGCGUCGUCUUCCCAGAUUAGCACAGGCUAAUCAGACACGACAGUGUCGUCCUUUAUUAACGCUCUAUUGGUCAUUGUCGACUCGGGUACUACUUACAUGUACCCCGGGUACUCUUAAGUUUACUUGCAUGUACCAUUUAACAGAACAUAAAUGUAAACAUAAUUAAUUUAAAAAAAAAUAGCCGACAAAGACCGAUUGAGCGUUAAAUUUCCCGGGUGCGUUUUGGUGUAUUUACCGUACCCGGAGUGCAUGUAAAUAUACUUAAGUGUACCCAGGGUACAUGUUUGUAGUACCCGAGCCGACAAUGACCAAUCGAGCGUUAUUAACCUGUGUUAGCACAUGCUAAACUGGGUCGACACUCCACAUAUAUGCGUUAAGCCCGGUUUUCCAAGAGCGCGACUCAUAUAUAUAUAUAUAUGAAAUUUUAGCCAUUAGUAUCAUAAAAAUAACUUUUACAUGGAUAGCACCAUGUGAUUUUUAGCUCGGCUGUUUUCGGAGAAAGCCUGAGGUAUUGUCAUAGCCAGCUCGUCGUCCGACGUCCGCCGUCUGACGUCCGCCGUCCGCGUCGUGCUGAAACUAUAUCAUUUUGUUAAGGUUUUGAACAUUGGCUCUAAAAUCAAAGUGCUUCCACUUACAACUUUGAAACUUCAUAUGCAGAUGCACCUUGAUGAGUUCUACACGCCACACCCAGUUUUGGGUCACUAUGUCAAAGGUCAAGGUCACUUUGACCUCUAAAAAAAAUCUAACACGAGCGUUGGCACCCGUAAUGCGGUGCUCUUGUUUAAAUAAGAGAUUGUUCGGUCUUUUACAUAUACUCUAAAGUUUGUGCUAAAACCUGUGAAUUAUAACUAUACGCGCAAUAGACGAUAUCGUUUUACGAUUAUUGUAUGAAAAGAAAAAAAAUGUAUUAAAAAUACAAGAAUUCAUGCCAUAUUAAAUGUCUUCGCACAAUGCCAACAUACAGCCACUACAUAUGUAGUUUUUGUAUUUAUUUGGUCCGUGCUCUGUGAAAAAGGGUUCAAUGCUUGUGCGUUAAGUGCCGUCCCAGAUAAGCCAGUGCAGUCCUCACAGGCUAAUCUGGGACGACACUUUACGCGUUUAUGAUCUUUUUCGUUGAAGUUUCUUCUUAGCAAAACUCUACUUCAGGCGGAAAGUGUCGUCCCUGGUUAGCAUGUACGGACUGCACAUGCUAAUCGGGGACGACACUUAACGCACAUGGAUUAAGCACACUUUUCACAGAGCACGGCUCAUAGGAAAAACUUUGAUUUCAUAACAUUACAAAUGUCUGUUUUCAACACAAAUACGAGCAUAUUGAUUGGUUGGAGUUAUAUUAAUGUGUGCUUUUUUUAAUGUUUGUACAUAAAAUUAAGAUUUAAAGUCUUUAUAUUUCCCUAACAUUUAUAUAAUUCUAUUUUUGUAAAAGUGUAUAUUUUACUUGUUUUGUGAUGCUUAAAAUCCACGUCACAUUCCAUGACAUUGGGAUAUAUGUUUCUACUUAUCCAUUUAUUUGUUAUUAUUUAUUAUCUUGUUGAAUACAUUAAACUGUAAGAUGCGUU